AUGGAUCGCGAAGAUAUCAACUCCAUCACCUCCAGGAUUCGGGGCUACGUGGUGGCUUUGGCGCUAUUACGCUACAUCCAGGAAUCCCAGCCCAUUGGGAACCGUGAAUCAAUUGCGCAAAUCGCACAACGGAUUCCGGUGCUCCGGUCUCUCCUUGAAGGGACGAGUAGAUUACCAGUUCGACUACGAUAUGAUAGAAAUACGCCAAUCUUUCGUCCUGAGUACCGGAUACAAGAGCGAAUACCAAUUCCGGACUUUAUGGAGGUCUUCGCGGUUCAGUUGGCUGAGGUUGCCAGAGGCAGCCCGACAUCCGUCAACUUGUAUUCUAUGAUCCGUACCCAAAUUUUCUUCUCUGUCGCAUUGGUUUGGUAUGGCCGCCGCAACCCCUACGACCUCUCGUUUAUACGAGCAGCGUGGCAUAAAUUUGACGAGAUGGCAGCCGCGAAAAGCUCGGAAGGCAACAGGGGGCUUGAUAUCUCUCCAGAGCCCGAGUGGUUUUUCCUUGCUGAGUCAUUGGCUGAAGUAGCAAGGGGGGCAUUUUGGAUGCUGCAUUGGAUCAUAACUGAUAGCCAUAUCAACGCUGACUGCCUCCAUGAAAUCCAACAUUGUGUGCGGCAGAGAGGCUUAGCCUCUAUCUUGAACCUAGAACCAGUGUGCCCAAUUUUUGGAUCGACAUGUCUCGAAACCCUACGACACUUGGAUGUGGAUGUAUUGGAAUCCGCCGACAUGUGGGGACCAGGGUGGGACGAGUUUAAUCAUCUCCGCUUCUUUAGAGGACCUUUGACACGGGACGGAGCCGAAUGGGCGAUGUGCGAAUGCUUCGCACGUCGCCACAUGCAGCCACUUACCUUAGGAAUAGUGGCGGUGCUUCUUUUGCGUCUCGAGUUGACACCAUCUAGAGGGGACGGAGAUGUGGCAGAAGAAGAGUGGAAGGAAUGGGCUGAGCUGCCGGAGCCUGAACAUCCGUUCGAGGUAGACGUUACUUUGAGACUCUGA